AUGAAUGCAGAAUUUUAUUGCUGUAAGUGAAGAAUUCAAAUUGGUAGCUCAACAUGAUUGUGAGUUUGUCUUCCCUCCAAAACAUUUAUAGAAAAAUAUCAAGAGCAGUUGUCAACGAACCUGGUAACCUGGAAGGAGUUCUUUCAGAUAGAUCUGAUCAUUAGGAAUACUCAUAGAUUAGGAUUUUGGCAGACUUAUUGUCGAGCUUGUCUAUAUCAAGACUUUGAAGAGAAGUCCUAAUCCAGAAAAUCGCUAUUUUAAAGUGCUAAUUACCAGUCUCUGAAGAACAGAUCGGCAGCCUUAUCGGAGUGGUACCCGAGUGUAAUGGUUUAAGCGAAUUGUUCACAGAUUGAAUAAACUCAAUUACAGGUGUCAGAUUU